AUGCAUCGCGCGAUCAAUCUAUCACGGCGGCAGUUCGCGCUCGGCGCCGGCCUGGCGGCGGCCACUGGCGCCACGGGGAUGAUCUACGCCAUGGAGACGUCCGUGCACGCCAUGGACAACGGCAUCCACCCGCCCGGCAUGCCCUGGACGCACAGGAGUACCUUUGGCGCCCUCGAUAUUGGAUCCGUCCGCCGUGGUUGGGAGGUCUACAAGCAGGUCUGCCAGGCUUGCCACCAUUUGCGGUACUUUGUCAACUUCCGGCACUUCUGCGACUACCGUUUCCCCUUCAUGACUGAGGAGGAAGCCAAGGUGGAAGCCUCCGAGUUCCUUGUCGAUGACAUUGACGACAAGGGCCAGCCGAUCCGUCGUGAAGCCAAACUGAACGACGCUGUGCCGCCGCCAUACCAGUUCCCGGGAGGCCGAUGGCUGGGCGAGUGGGGCUUGCCGCAGAACAACAACAAGGCUGCUGCUGCUGCGAACAACGGCGCUCUGCCCCCAGAGCUCAGCUUGAUGAUCAGCGCCCGCACCACCCACCAUCACCGCGGAGACGACUACAUCUACUGUUUGCUCAACGGGUACUUCGACCCGCCGGCCGGCAUCAAGCUCGACGAGGGCAAGGCCUACAACCCGUACUUCCCGGGCGGUCUCAUUUCUAUGCCUCAGCAGCUCUUCGACGAGGGCAUCGAGUACAAGGAUGGAACUCCCGCUACGCAAGCUCAACAAGCCAAGGACGUGACCAACUUCUUGACCUGGUGCUCGAUUCGCUCGUACAACGACACUGGUAAACGCUGGGCGCUUGAGCUGCUGCUCUUGUUGCCGCUGUUCGGCGCGAUUCUGGUGUACGGCAAGCGCAACGCCUGGGACGUCAAAAGCCGACGAAGAAGGAGUAGAGGGGCUACUAUGGUUAGCAUCAGCAAUCGGGAGGCUCUACAACAACAUCCGCUUCUCCUUGCAUCAACCCGGUACCCAGCUGCUCGCCUU